AUGACGCAGCGAGGCGCGAGGAGCGCGUGGACGCUCGUAUGGAGGGCAUUGGAGGCGCACAAGCCCAGGCUGGCGAGCGUGGGUUGCGGCGCGGCGGCUGGCACCCCUGCCGUGCUCGCCGCGCACCCCGCGGCCAGUGCAGCCCCAUGGCAGGGCGCCGCGGGCAUCAGCUCCACGCCGGCAGUCGCCAAGCAGCGCAGGCACCCCGUGGCCCUGACGCCAAACACGCCUCGAAGCGCAGUGUCGCUGUUCGUGGACAGGGAGGAGGCGGAAACCAUGCCACCGUUCCCAGGUGAUGAAGAUGUUCAGAUACCAGUGCCAGUCGAAACCAAGGUGCAUCCCAGCCAUAGGAGGCUCGGGCAUGGGAGGCACCGCAAGGAGGCUGAGGAGGCAGCAGAGCUGCAGCAUGUCACACCUGGCCUGUUGGCCCUGAAACCUUCCACCAGUCUGAGCCCUGCGGAUGCGAACAAGUACUAUCCUUUCAAGAAGGAUCUGAUACCCGAAGCUUUUGCCUCGUACUAUAAGAUCGAGGUGCCAGAGGACGUGGGGCCUGUGCUGCCAAAGGGCGGCUGCAAGGCCCUCCAGGAGGAAUUCCAGAGGACAGGGGAGCCUGCCGUGUUGGCCAGGGGUGUUUUCUUCAAGCUGAUCAAGACUCUAAGUCUGGACAAGUGCCGACGACUGCUGCUGGAUGGGCUGGCAGGCAGUGGGAAGAGCAUGCUGCUGGCUGCAUUGGUGGAAUGGGCAAGGAGUCAAAAGUGGCUUGUGCUGUAUGUGCCAUCAGCAUUUACGAUGACAACAGACAUGUACUUUUUUAAACGGCCAGAAGAGAGGUGUUGGGACACGCCAAACUGUGCGAGGGACCUCCUGCGCAGUAUGCUGGACAACCAUGGGGACCAGCUGUCACAGCUGAAGCAGGAGGGGCAACCUGAGGGGGAGGCACCAGAUUCUGGCUUUGGGGAGACCCUGGCAGACCUGUGCAGGACCGGCAUUAACGCCACGCUUCAACAGCCUACUGUCACUGUGGAUGCCACCAUCCGUUUGUUGCGGGAGUUCCUCCAUGGAGAGCACAAUGUGCACAAGCUGAUCGUGAUAGAUGACUACAAUGCCCUUUAUUGGCACACCACCUAUGGCGAGUGGCUCAACACCCACACGCGUCGAGAAGUUACUGUCAACCACCUUGCGCUGGCUCGCGAAUUCCGCCUCAUGGGGGACGUCCCGAUCGACAUGAAGUGCCAAAUCGUUGCUGCCCCGACCUACACCGGCGGCAUCGGCCGCUCGGCUUGGUUUCCAAAGGCACGAAUCCUGAAAGUGCCGCAGCUUAGUCAGGCGGAAGUCGACAGGAUACUGUGCUUUUACUUUAACUGCGGCGUCAUUGGCCCCAAGGAUUCGGCAACCUUGGAGUUGGCGGCCAAGAUCACAGGCGGCAACGGGCACGAGUUGAAGAAGGCCAUGGACCUUCUGUAG